AACGGAGUAACCUAACCUAAUAAUUAAAUGACAUUUGCUUUGUUACAUAUGUAUUGAAAUUCAAUUUUAAGAUAAUGUAAACAUUUUUAAUUGUAUAUUUGGAUUAAAAAAAAAAUAACUCAUCAUGCCUGUGAUGCUAACUGCGGAUUGGUUUCCUUUGGGAAGAGAUACUUAUUUUAGGAAAUUUGAACUGUAUCCCAUUAAUUUUCAACAUGAAGUUAAUUUAACCAAUUUACUGGUAGCUGCACCUUAUGGAGGUUCAAUUGCAAUUACUAGAGAUCCAAAAAAGAUUGUGAAAGUUCAAGGUGCUAAUAAACCAAUAGUUUCUUUAUACUCUUCAUCAGGAAAAGUAACUGCUAAGUUCACAUGGAACAGCGGUCAGUUAGUAAAAAUGGGUUGGUCCCAUCAAGAAGAAUUAUUGUGUGUUCAGGACGAUGGAAUGAUUCUUAUUUAUGACCUUUUCGGAAUGUACCAGAGUACUUUCAGCAUGGGAAAUGAAGCCAAAAAUACAAAAGUCAUUGAUGCCAAAUUCUUCACGUCUGUAAGUGGCACAGGAGUUGCGGUAUUAACAUCAACGAACCUUUUAUUACUUGUAAAUAAUGUAUCUGAGCCUAAAGUUAGACAGUUACCAGAAAUACCGAAACUUGGUGGACCAAUUGAUUCUUGGUGCGUAGCUCGGUACGAACGACAAAGUCAAAUAAUAUUAGCAAACCAAAACGGAAUCUACCAAAUACAGCAUAUAGGCAAAGCUCCAGCUCCAAUUCCUUUUAGUAAUCUAUUCAGUAAUAAAAUAAAUAACGUGAUUGCCAUGGCAGUAUCAGGAAACCAUCUACAUAUUGCACUCUAUGCAGACACUGGUCAUUUAUAUUUAGGAUCAAUUGAUUUGAAGGAAAAAUAUACCGAGUGCUUUACUGGAAUCAAUAAACCUUUGACAGAUAUGGCUUGGUGUGGAACAGAAGCUGUUGUUUGCAGCUGGAAUAGUACAUUGAUGGUGAUCGGAAAAAGUGGAGAAACAGUUGUCCAUGCUUAUGAUGGACCUGUUCAUCUUGUUACUGAAGUUGAUGGUGUUCGAGUUAUAUCAGCUAGCUCUCAUGAAAUGAUACAAAAAGUUCCCAAUGUUGUACAAAAAAUAUUCCGCAUAAAUUCAAUAGAUCCUGCUGCAUAUUUAUUGGAAGCAUCAAAACAGUUUGAAAAAAGAAGCCAUAAAGCCGACAGUUAUAUUGACUUAGUUAAAGAUAGAUUAGAUGCAGCAGUAACAGAUUGUAUAAAUGCUGCAAGCCACGAAUUUAAUAGUGAAACUCAGAAACUUUUAAUGAGAGCUGCAAAAUUUGGAAAAGGUUUCAGUAAAACUAUUGAUCCAAAACACUAUGUAACUAUGUGUAGAAAUCUUCGAGUUUUAAAUGCUGUAAGGCAUCCAGCUAUUGGUAUUCCGUUAACAUUUACCCAGAUGGAUUUAUUAACCACACAAGUAUUGUUAGAUCGUUUGGUAGCUAGAAGACAUUACUAUUUGAGUAUUCAAAUAGCUCGUCAUCUAGCAUUGCCUGAAGUCGAUGGAGAAAGUAGAAUUCUUGCUCACUGGGCAUGUUAUAAGGUAAAACAAACAGUAUUAGAUAAAGAACAAAUCGCUGAAGAAAUAGCAGCAAAGCUAGGCUACGCACGUGGAGUAUCUUACAGUGAAAUUGCUGAGAAAGCUGCAGACUGUGGUAGAAAGCAACUUGCUAUAAAACUCAUUGAUUAUGAACCUAGAGCGCAUCUGCAAGUUCCUCUUCUUUUGAGGCUUGGUGUUGAGAAAGCAGCUCUUGAUAAAGCUGUUGAAAGUGGCAAUACAGAUUUAGUUUAUCAUGUUAUUUUGCAUUUUCAAAAAAAUAUGCCUUUAGCUGAUUUUGAAAUGUCGAUAAAACAUUGUCCACUAGCAAUGGCACUGUAUAUAAAAUACUGUCAAAAUCAUAAUCGAGAAGCUUUGUUAGAUUAUGAUUUAUAUGAUGAUUAUCACUCGCAAGCUCUGUGGUACGUGAAAGAAGCCUAUCAGCCAAAGAAUAGUCAAACUCGAGAUGCUUUGCUUCAAAACGCACAACAGAAAUUCAAAGUAGGACGAUUUGACAGCAAUGCUCUUUUAACUGAAGAACAAAUUAAAUUAUUGAAAUAUCAAAAAUCUCUUGAAGAUUCUUUGCAUGAGACUGUAGUUGGAAAAUCUCUACAUGAUACUGUUCAAAUGUUAUUGAUGAGAAAUGAAAUAAAACUCGUUGAUAAACUUCGUUCAGAAUGUAAAAUCCCCGAUCGUCAUUACUGGUGGCUAAGGAUACAAUGCUUUGCACAACUUAAGCAAUGGGAAGAUUUAGAAAAAUUUUCAAAGAGCAAAAAAUCACCAAUUGGUUUUGAGCCUUUUAUUGAUGAAUGUUUGAAAUACGGAAAUAUUGAUGAUGCAAAAAAAUAUUUGCCUCGAGUAAAAGAAGAAUUAAAGGUUAAAUAUUUAGCAAAAUUGAACAUGUUAUCAGAAGCAGCUCAAACUGCAUAUGAACAAAAAGAUCCAGCAGCUCUGUCAUUUGUGCUGGCACAAUGUGGGCCACAAAAUAGGCAGCUUGCAGAGAGGAUAAAUGGAAUGAUAACAAGUCUGAGGAGUAAUAAAUAAGUUUUUCUAAUUUUUUUAAUUAUUUAUAAAAUUAGAGUGAUAAUGAAUUGAAACUUUGUACAUAUGAUAAAAAUGCUAUAAUAAAAUAAUAAUAUUAAUUAA